GAGAGGCGGCGGGGCCGCGGGAAGUGUCGGGGUCCCCCCGUGACCCCCCGGAUCCUCCGGGCUCCCCUAGAUCCCCGAGAACCCCCGGCCGCCAUGGCGGGGCAGGCGCAGGAGCCGGUGACUUUCGAGGAUGUGAUGGUGUUCCUGAGCCGGGCCGAGUGGGACGUGCUCCCGACGGGGCGGCGGCAGCUGUACCGGGACGUCGUGUCGGACACCUACGAGCUCCUGACCUCCCUGGGUUAUCCAGGCCCCAAGCCCGACAUCCUGCACCGGAUGGAGCGCGGGGAAGAGCCGUGGAUCUGCUCAUCUUCAGAACACGAUGGGAGCUGGCUGGAGGAGCCUUCCUCCGACUUGUGUUCCGGAGCCAGCGGGUACCAGGGGCUGGAGACCUCGUGUCCAGGAUGGAGCACGUUGUGGUGUCUCCAGGACAGGAGUUUCCCGAAGAAGCUUGGCUGUGACGAGGGAAGGAGCGAAUUCCCGUCGAGAGCAGACAGUAGAGUGGGGAGCCAAACCCAGCCGUGGCUUGUGAAGGAGGAAGCGGAGCAUGAACUUGAACUCAUGGAAGACGCAAUCCAGAGCGAGACGUUCCCGCUUCAUUCCGAGAUGGAACAGCAGAGCCUGGAUCCUUGGGAACAGCUCUGGGCUGACCCCGGAGAGGGGGAUCACGGGAACGCCCAAAACCACGGACACACCUUGGGAGAGGCGACGCUUCUCCCCGGAACCUCGCAGCCGAGCGUGGAGGAGCUGAGAGCGGCUGUGGGGAAGGACCACAGCUACUGCCUCCGGAGCGAGCUGGGAACGCACCGCGCCCCCGGGCUCCGCUCCCUGCGGGAACACAACUACUCCUGGCAGCGCCGGGCCGGGAAGAGCCGCGGUGUCUGCGGGCACGGCGCCGCCUGCGCCAUGUGCCGCUGGCUGACGCGGCGGCGAUCCGGCAGCGGCGGGAUGGUCCGGAGAGCCGGCGACAUCCUGCGGUGGUACCGGCCCUACCGGAGGCUGGCGCUUCCGUGGAGAAGGCGCGGUGCGGCGCGGGGGAAGAAGCCCGGGGCUCGGGGGCCACGCGAGCUCCGGGGCGCCAGGAAUGCCGAGGGGGUGACGUCGGACGCGCGGUGUGCCCCGGAGGGGAAUUUGGGAACUGGGGCUUCAAUCCCCACCCUAAGCUGGGCUGCAGAGGCGGAGGACGGAGCGAAGCCUCCGAAGGAUCCCGGCGCCAGCCAGGAGCUUGAAGGAUGCGCGAAAGGCCAGAAAUCCCAGCGGAUGUCGCUCCAGGACGUGUUCCGGGACGUGAUGGGUGCGGUCGGGUACAUAUUGGACUCCAUAUGCCGGAAGUUUGAGCUCCAGGGGUUCUCCCAAGGGAAGAGCAUCUGGCCCAUUGUCAUCCAGAUCGACAACUUGUCGGAGAUCAGGAAGCCCUGA